AUGGCGGCGGAGCGGGAGGAGCCGGGCCCCGCUGCCGGGGCCUGUCCGUGCCCGGGGGAUGAGCGGGGCACGGCCGGAGGCUGCCGGUGCUCCGCUCUGCCCGCUCCUGGGCACGGGGCCAUGGAGAAGGCCCGGCAGCACCUGAGGGAGUUCGAUAUCGGGGACAGGUUCUCCCGCCUGCCGCUGCCCAGAGCCGCCGUGCUGCUGCCGCUGAUGGUGCGAGGGGGGCGGCUGCACCUGCUGCUCACCGUCCGCUCCCUGCAGCUGAGAAGAUCACCAGGGGAAGUCUGCUUUCCAGGAGGUAAAAGGGAAGACACUGAUAAAGAUGACAUUGACACUGCUCUCCGAGAAGCUAAAGAAGAAGUGGGUCUUCAGCCAGAGAAGGUGGAAGUCAUCUGUAGGCUGAUGCCUGGAAUUGAUAAAAUGAAUAACUUGGUGACACCAGUUGUAGGAUUUAUAGAGGAUACAUUCCAGGUCACUCCUAACCCAGAUGAAGUCAGCGAGGUUUUUGUUGUGCCUUUGGAGUACUUUGUCAAGCCCUUAAAUUACAAGACCUUCUCUUAUAAAACCUCCUCAGGGUACUCAACUCGCAUACACUGCUUUAUAUACCAUGACCAGGAACACAGAAAGUCAUUCAAGAUAUGGGGACUGACUGCACACUUUGCUGUGUUUCUUGCUCUUGUAAUUUUUGGAGAGAGACCUACCUUUGAAGUGGAUUAUGAUCUUGACAACUUAUUUUCAUCCUCUGAGAAUUACUUCACUAAUUUGUAUGCAUCUAUACAUGAAAGAAAGAAGAGUAAUCUGUGACAAUUGGUCUGGCCAUGAAUUUAUUUUGAAAGAGGAAAAGGAGGCAAUUCCAUAGGCUGUGGAAAACUCAGGAUACAGGCAACAGGACUGAAGUCUGUCCCUCACCAUCUUGUUCUCAAAUCUCACUCAGCUGCUGGCAGGAGCCUUCUCCAGGACAGAAAAGUGGAGGUGAGGAUUCACUAGGACAACCUACCAAAUACAGAACAACAGAGAGGGGUUCAGAACCUACAAAACAGCCCCUGAAGAAUCAUCAGAGACCAACAGUGCACAGCAAGAGCCUCUGAACAGUUAAUGACUGAAUGCUCCAUGCCAAACUCACUGAAACCUGAAGAUAGAGCAGGACAAAUUUGAGUCAAGAAGUUGUUAAAAAAAUUAAUCCACAAACUGUUGCAGUGUGUUUUGUUAAGUUAUUAGGUUGGUUUGUUCCAAUCCCCUUCUGUCUGAAAAUGGUUCUGCCCCAGUUCUCCCUUCCCGCCUUUGGAGCUGUCUGUCUCCCUGGCUCCACCCCAGCCAACAAUGUAUCCCCUA